CGUGAGAACACGAGGCGGAACGAAGAGGAUAGUAACGGGGCUGGUACUGUAAACAUACGGACGCGCCAGUGGAGUGCAGCCCCGAUUCUAGAACACCGUUCGAACAGAACGUUUGUCUGCAGUAAAUACAGAACGUAUAGAACGUCCUCCGGGCUGUUCUAGAACGGUGUUUUAUUGUACGAUUGUCUCCUGGCCUAGCGACGGAGGGUACAGUGGCCCUAGCCGGGAGCGUUCCCGACAAUAUGCCGCUCCCAAAGGUCUACGUGGAUUACCUGAGAGAGCCGGAGAAGACCAAGCGGCCACAGAAGGAGGGUAGUACACACCUGCCUAAGAUCCCUGUCGUCAAACUGCGCAAGCCUCCCAUCAGUACCAGGAAAGGCAUCAUAGACUGGGCUGAUGUGGCCACUCUCAGAAAAGAGCUGAAAGACAAGGUUUACCAUGACGACCAACAGAAGCGCUACCGCUCCGACUACAUCCGGACCUCCCAGGACUUCUACCGGAUGAAGAUGGACAAGCUCCGACAGGGAGACCCGAAAACUCUAGACAACAUGAAGGUAUGUUGCAACGUGUACCUGGGGACGAGUAUGGGGUCCAGAAGGGCUAUCAGAGACCUGGUCAGUGUGCUCCGGCCAGACACUCGUGAUCAGAGACCGGUCACACAGCAACCCCCAUCACAGCCUCCUACCAACGAGACAGAAGCGGAGAAACAAUCUGACCCGGAACCGGAAAAACAACCUGACCCAGAACCGGAAAAGACAGAUGAUGAGACGGCAGAAGAAGAAUAAUGAUGGGAAUCUUGAACUCAAAUUUUGUAUGAUAAAGUUGUUGCCUUCGAACUUCAAGAGACUGGCUUGCAUGUAGUUGUAGAAAAUCAAGGUCAUUUUGAGACUAUGGAAUGGAACUAUAUGUACAUAUGCUCCCGAAGUGCCAAUGUUCUUUCAGUAGUCAGAUGUCCUUGAUUCAUACAACCACCUGUAUAAUGUCCUUGAUCCAACAGUCUAUACCAGAAGAUCGUCUUGCCUUUAAGCUGGAGUUAGCGACAAAGCCGCUAGGCGUCAUUCAUUAAUUGUACGUGUGUGUUCAAAGUGUGUUUGCUUUGUUCUCAGUAACCUAUGAGCCAACAGUUUAUGCCAUG